AUGCAAGUGUCAAACUCUAAUCUCGGCCGUGCAGGAUUCUUCUUCUCCCUGGCGUUGGUCCAGUUCCUUCAUCUUGGUGACAUUUCUUCAUGCGAAACUUUUGCGUUUUUCCUUUCUACUUCCACUCUGUCUCCAAACAUGGCGCGUGACCUGAAUGCCGACAGGAGCACUGAGCUUAACACCACGACGACUGUGGUCUUGGUGCUCUCUGCUGUGUUUGUCGGGCUACGGUUUUGGGCGCGAUACAUGAGAAUUGGUUACGGAAAUGAUGAUUGGCUGACUCUAGUGUCGCUGGUUUUUGUUUUUAUUACCGGCGGACUUAACUAUGGCAUGAUUGCACAUGGCCUGGGAACGCACUUCGACCGUGUCGACCCCGCAGAUCAAAUAAUAUUCUUGAAGCUACUCCUGGCUUUCGAAAACAUAUACGUCACAGCGGUGAUGAUGAUCAAGCUUGCCCUCUUGGCAAUGUACUUACGCGUCUUUCCGUCUCGAGGCUUUCGAUUGAUAUCCGCCAUCAUAGCCGCAACGGUGGUUGCAUGGUGGAUUGCGAUUUGCGCUGUGUGUAUAUUCCAGUGCCAUCCGAUCAAAAAGGCCUGGUUGCCGUUGAUUGACGGCAAAUGUAUUGAUCUCAAGGCCUCUUUCAUCGGCAAUGCGGUUCCGAAUAUUGCGACAGAUGUGGCGAUUUUGUGUUUGCCUGUUAGGCAGAUCUUGAAGUUGCAGGUCAACACGGCUCAAAAGUUGUCGUUAUUGGUUAUUUUCAUGCUUGGAAGUUUUGUUUUAUUCGCCAGUAUAUACCGAUUCACGACCAUUAUGCAAUUCGAUCCUGUCGACACAACAUGGACACUUGCGACAGCUUGCACCUGGUGUGUCGUCGAAGUAGCCUGCGGAACCAUCGCUCUAUGUCUGCCAACCUUGAGACCUCUGAUGCUUAUGGUCUCUUCUAAAUUCGAAAGUGUAGGGUCAAGAAAUGCUACGGGCAAGAGUAAAAUACCCACAGAGCUGGUAACGAUCGGUGGAACAGGGGGCAAAACCGGCGCGUUUCAACGGAUAAACGACGAAUUCGAACCCAAUUCAAGUCAAAGGGGGCUUGCUAUGAGGGGUGAGAGCGCGCCACAUGGUGAUCAGAGUGAUCAAGACUCUGAGACACAUUCGCAUGAGGGGAAGAUUGAUCCUGGACGGUAA